GCCUGUGUGCUCUGUGCCGUGGGUGUAGUGUUCCGCUGGAUGGAAAACAGUAAAAAGCAAAAAAAUGUACUAGCUUGCGUCGUGUGCAUUGUGUAGUGUAGUGUGGAGUGAAUUUUGAUCUGAUUUUAAAAAUAAUCUUCACUAGCAGAAUCCAGUCGAGCAUAUUCUGUCCGUCAGGUUCAUGAAUUAACGGGAGAAUUGAUAAGAUGAAUGCACCUAGUGUUGGUUUAAUUAGUUUGACACAAAAGCAAUCAAGAACGGUUUUAUCCAUCUAGAAUGUUUGUGAAAAUCCUAUCUCCACCUAAUUCAUUGUUCUCCUGCCUCCAUUCUGAACCUACCGAUGGAAGAAAAAGUUUUCCACUAAUUGUUGCAUGUUGCAUUUACUCAUUCGAAGUUUUGAAUGACUGCAUUCCGAUAUUUGCUUUGUUAUCUCGAAAGACCUGAUUAUUCGGAGUGGAUGAAAACGUGUACAACAAAAACAACAAUCUCAUCGUUCUCAAUCUCGCCAUCCCACACACACAUACAUACACGUAAGCAUAAAUAUUGCUGCCAAUCUAAUCGAUAAACAAAGAAAAUCAGCCAAAAUGUCGUGUAAUAAAAUACGCUGUUCUUAGGGCCAACCGCGUGCGUUGGUGGUAGUGACGCUUAAGUUCGCUUGAGAGCCUUGCUCAACUGUGUGUUGUGUUUGGAGAUUUUCCGGUGAAACACUAGUGACGUCUGACUGAAGUCGCGCAGUUUCCUAUCCACCACGGCGAUGACGGUGUUUUAGAUUGAGAGGAUUUUCAUGAAUGACGCCCAUGCCACAGAAAAGGGAAUGAUCAAAAUUAGCGUUUGGCGAAUGAGAAUUGCAAAGAUCGGAAAUUAACAUGCGCUCGCUUUGAGUGCGAACUUUGUGGUGUCGCGUUGCCACUAUGUACACUGCUUCUUGUUCUGAAAUAGUAAUCGGUUUUUCAAAUUUUUCAUUUGUUGUCAUAUCUGUAUUCUUGGUAUUAGAAACAGUUUCAGGAAAUGACUUUUUACGUAAUUUGUCAUUCAAGCGAAACUGUCUUAAAAUAUUUAAAAUAGUGGAAUAUCCUCGAAACUGGGUUGAUUAACAAAAAUCGAAUAAAUGUAACCUGAAGAUACGUGUAUGACGAAAGUUUUCUGUGUAGAACAUGAUAUAUGGUAUUCUGUCUCCUCCGGGUCCAUUUCUGACGCCAAGUCCAUCACCAUCGAUACCAGCGAGCCCACGACUGCAGCCUUCGCCAUCACAGUCACCGUUUCAGCAGCAACAGGAUGUCUUGCUGGUAACUAACAAUAGCAUCGGCCACGUGACUCAGGAGCAAGAUCGUAAAAUCGGAAUCAGCAAUCGACGCCAGUCGUUUAGUCAGCAAUCUCAACAACAACAGCAGCAGCAGCAACAUCAACAACAGGCCAGUAAUAAUAGUCCAAAUGCAGGCACGGUUGUAUACCGGCCAAGCCCAACGCAGUCCCCGGCCGGGGCAGCUACGUACAGUAUCACAACGAUACCUGGAAAUGAGUUCAACACAACACUAGUGGGUUCCAAUAAUAUCUCGCUAAACAAGAAGGGUCGCAAAUCCUCCGCGGCAACUGUGAUCCAUCAGCCGCAGCUUCUUCAGGCUCAACAGCAGCAGCAACAGCAUACCUUUAUCCAAACACAUGUCACUCAUGGUCAUGGGACUACCAUCGGUGCUCCCGCUUGUAGCCCGAAAGCGGCGAAAAAAGCUUUACAGCAACAUAUUCAGCAUCAUCAACAACAACAGCAGCAGCAGCAGCUUCAGCAGAACCACCAGCAACAUCAGCCGCAAACAGUGUCUUUCGUUGGGAGUCCAAUUGCCAGCCCGAGCCCGAUUGCGAGUCCCAACGGGGGCCAAAUUCUGGUCACCACAAGCAGUCACGGCGGUUUGGGCGGCAGUAUUAUCGUUGGCAGUGCCAGUCAUUCAACCUCCCAAGCCGGUACGGGCCAUGCGAGUUCGGGAGUGUCCGCUACUGGAGCUGCCCAGCUAAGGCCGCCCACACCACAACCUAUUAUACAGCAAUAUCCUGUAAUGGGCGCCGGCAAUCAAAUAGUGCAAAUAUUUCAAGGUUCCCAAUUCAUUACGCAGCAUCCAGCGGUGUCCCAACAGCAGCAGGCGUCUAUUCAAGGGCAAUCUCAACAACUGCAAACCCGUCAAUCGAUCAUAUCGCACUCACCCCAGCCCCAAUCGCUUAGCAAUCAGCAAACGGCAUCCCAACACCACCACCACCACCACCAGCCUCAGCAACAGUUUAUUCAACAAAUUAUUACGUCCUCUCCGUCCUCUGGAUCUGCGUCGUCGUCACCCGCGUCUAUGUCAGUAGCCGGAGGCACGGUCAUCAUAGGUGGUGGAGGAGGACACAGCCAAAAGCACCAGAAAGGUCCACAGCAAAUAUUGCCAAAACCAGUUACACCUGCGGUAUCUCCGUCGCCAGGGUCUGCCCAUCAAAGUCCGCAGCAGCAGCUGCAAGUUAGUUACAAUCCUACCUCCCUCAGUUACAGCGGAAGCAAAACAGUCAUGAGCCAACCUAAGACUUCAAUGGCAACGGUAAUGACCCACAUACCGGCGCAACUACAUGUUUCACAGACAACCAGUGGAGGGCAGUAUUUGACUUCGUCAAAUCCACAUCAAACUCAACAGCCCCAGAACACUGCAUCAACCCAGCAGCCACAGCUGGUGGCAACUCCACAAACCACGCCUACUGGAACACCUGGGCAACAUACAGCAACUACUCCUCAGAAUGGGAGCUCCAUAAUCCUGCCGGCGGGUAAUUUGAACGCACAACCACUGCUGCUUAAUCAGAUGCCUGUUAUUGUACAUCCGAACACACCUCAAGGAGUGCAGUUAAUCCUGCGGCCACCAGCGCCACAGAUAGCCGCCCCCAGUUUGGUUAUACACAAUACUAGACCUCAACUGCAGCAACCACAACCCCAGCAAGUGCUACGAAUAUUAAACACAAACGGAGCAAUGCAGUUGGCAGCUGCUCCAACGUUUAUCGUUUCUUCCCAAGGAAAUUUGGUGCAGCAGAACAUACCAGGGUUGAAGACAAAUCAGGGAGUUCCCUUGACCCAGCUUCAGAGUUUGUCCGGUCAAAGACAGCCACAGCAGCUGGCGGCAGCAAUCAAUCAGCAUCUGCUUAGUCAAGGUGUAGCUCAAAUUCAAAACCUGCAGUUGAACGGAAAUCUGACACAGAUACAAGUGCCAAAUGGACUCAACGGACAAUUACUGACUUCGUUGCCGACUCAAUUCCAGCAGGGUGUGGGUAGCUUUAGUUUACAAAACCAGAAUAUUAACCUAAAUCAGAUCGGUAGCGCAAAUUUCUCGCAGUUAGCGGCAGCAGCGGCCGCAAGUGGGACCACGUUCACAUCACCUCCACCUACUGCUGCUCAGGUAACGCAAUCUUCUGGCCAACCAGGCGAAAUUGUGAUGAGUGGACCGAACAUUCAAUUCACAACGACCACACAACCAGGAGGAACGAUAACCGCCGCUGUAAACAGUAACCAAGCCCAGCAAGCUUCACAGGGACAAAUUAUAACAGGUUCAUCCUUGGAUGGUCAAUUGCAAACGACGCAAAUUAUUUCGUCCGCCGCUCAGGAACCGAUUCGCCAAUCUACCCCGAUUAUAACAACCCAAAUACAUUCUCAGCAUCAACAGCAUCAACAGCAGCAACAACAUUUCUUUACCGGGAAUAGCGUAGCACCACAGGCUCCGGUGCAGAUUCAACAGCCGCAACAUCAAUUGCUGCCAAAGUUCGAACCUGAAAAACCGAAGAAAGAACGGAAAAGUAAGAAAAAGAAAGUUACCCAACCUCCGAUUGCUACCGCCGCUCCAAUCAUUGUGACACCCAGCAUACCAGUGACAAGUCAAGUUUCGAUCCCAUCUGUACCAGCUCCAACAACAUACUCUGAACCAGUGUCUUCACCUCCUACAUCGCCGACGUUUACCAACACGCACACAGCAACUGGAAAGCUAGAUUUAGCCAAUCUAAUGAAAAUAUCCGGCAUCGGUAUCGAAGAUGACGAUUUCAUGGAUACCGAUGAAUCUCCAGCGAAUCCACAGCCACCACCUUUGGUGCAAGCUGGUUCGGAUUACGCUAAUGUUAUGCAGCCGAAUGAGGCGGCCCCAAAAGAGCUUAUGUCCCCACCGCCGGUACCGACUGCGUCUGCAGCAACCACAGACAUUAUGAUCACAAUUCCGGCGAGUGUUGCUGGUGGAGCAAACAUGGAUUUUCCAUACACGAUCUCAAUUCCCACCUCUGGGCUAGAGGGACAAGAUGCACAAGUUAAAGUUUCCUCAUCCAGUGAUGUGUCGGUAACUAAACCGAUGGCUCCACCGCCGCAACCUCAACAGCAGCAGCAGCAAGCACAGCAUCAACAGCCACCCCAAGAACCGCCUCCAUUUAUGAUUACAAUUGAUUCAUCUAGUGAUCCCAACUCUGCCCAACCGUACACGAUCUCAAUACCUCGAUUAUCGUCCAGUGGUAACAGCUUGGAAGAGGCCAAAGUAGUUAGCAUAGCAACAGUGGCUCCCACACAAACCAUUCAAGCUGCUACUAGUAACACAGCACCCAUUACCGCUCCGCCAAACACGAUCUGCGUUAACAGUCUGAUGAACAACGUUCUCAAUACGCAAAUGACUCCAACAUUACAAAGUCAAAUCAACGAAAUUCAAAAUCAGCUGAUUCAGGCUGCAGCUUCGUCAACACCCGCGACUCCGACGUCAUUUAGCGCACCAAGUCAACAUUGCGCCCUUCCAAGUAGUCAACCGAUGAUGAUGACCUCUUCUACCAGCUUUAGUACACCUAUUGUAACGACCUCUACGUUGACGGCUCCGGUGACCACUUCGAUGGUGAUAUCUCCAAGCAAAGCAACAGUAACAACACCCACCAAAAAGAAAACCGGCGGAGGUAAAAAGAAUGGAAAGAAAUUGACAGAUAAACCAAUGGAAGCUCCUCUCACUACCACUGCUGUUCCGACUCAAAUCGGGAACAUACAAAUAUCGCAAAUCGACGGGACGACAGUAAACAAUAACAAAACAGCCAAAGGAAUGAUUAACAAUCAGAUACAGAUUACCCCCAUUAUCGACAGCAGCAAAACGAAUGCACCGAUAUUUCAGUCGCAUACUGCAGUGCCUAUGAAUGUUUCUUCGUCAGUUCAAAUGCAUCAGACGCAGCCCAUUCAGACUAUGGCCAGCCAUUUUCAUCAACCGUUGGUAGGUCAGCCAAUAAUACACACCGCUGCAGUGCAACCCACACAGCCUAUUUCUCAAAUACCUAAUCAACAACAGCCACAACAACAGCAGCAACCAACAGCGCAAAACAUUCUGUCGCAACUAACCGGAGCCUUAAGUCUAUCGCUUGGGGAAAAUGGGCAUCUUAUUAUGAAGCACGACGUCAACAGCCCCCAGGACCAUCAAUCGCAAAUGAUUCUGCAAGCAAUUAUGACCGGAGCGCUAGGAAACGUCAGCCUAGUACAUGAACCCUCUAAACCCGUAUCGACUGCUGCCCUCAUCAGUCAGCAGCAAACAGUCAGUCCCGUAAUUCAACAGCAGCCGCCUAAAACAGUGGCCACUGUCAGUGGCCAAAUCCAGCAUAGAAACGUAAUAGUUACCAGUUCUCAGCACCAGCAAACUUCCAGUGGCCACAUCAUGGCUACUUCCUACAAUAGCCAACCGAAUCCAAGUGUAACAACGACAAACAGUUCUCUGCAUAUCAUACAGCAAACUGUUCCGGUACCUCCUCAAUUAGUUCAUCAUCAGCAGCAACAACAACAACCCCUGAGUCAUGCACAUGCUGUUGCUGGAAUAACACAAAGUUUAAAGGAUGUCCGGAAGCAUGAUGCUAUUGCGCCAGAGCCAGUGUCAACACCAGCACCAGUUGUUCAGCAUACACCACAACCUCAACAACAACAACAACAGCAGACAGUGGUUAUAAAUUCAAAUGCUCCGAAGUUCGUUGAGUUACCCAAAGUUGGCCCUAAUCAGCAACUUUUUUCUCUCAACACGUUAACCAAUCAAAUUACUCAAAUGAGUCCUGGUCAAACUACAGCUGCCCUUGGUCCAAUGGAGCGCUUACUGAUUGUCCCAACCGGUAUUAAUGCCCAGCAAUUGGCCCAGUGUCUCCUGCAGGGUCAAAUACAUUUCAAUAAUAUCGGACAGGUGACCCAAUCCAGCGACCCGAAACCAACGACAGCUCCUCCGCAACCUCAACCACAGCACCAGCCACAAAUUUCUCAGCUGCAGCAACACCAACAGCAGAUUGCAGCCCAAAACAGUGCACCUUUCAAAACGACUAAUACUUCUGUACCCAUGCAAACGAUGUCUGCACAGAAGGUGGUCAAUCCCGUGAAACCGGAAAAACCAAAACGCAGCCGCACGAAAAAGGUAGAUAAACAGCCACCGGCAAAGCCUCAGAGUUUGGUUAAAGUGAAUCCAGUAGGUAGUGGAUUACCACAGAAUGUCAUUCUGCAGCCCGGUCAACACGCUCAACCAAUUUUGGCUGAAGACGGCACUAAAAUCGGAACCAAAAUUGUCGGCACUGUUAAUCCGAACAACUUCGUAACGAAUCCACCGCCCGUAGCACAGGUACAACCUCAACAGCUGAUUCAUCAAAUUGGCGGAACAAACAAUUGUGGAAAUAAUAACAACAACAACAAAUCUACGAACAAUAAAACCGGCCUUCUCGUAGGGGGGCCCACUAGCCAAGCUAUAAGCGGAACAACCCAGUGCAAUAACAUGAUUGUGAAUAAUGCAAAUGUGGCAACUUUAGGGACGAAUGCUCACUGCAGCACCAAUCCUAAUAUCAAUAAUAGUGUCAUAAUCAGCAGCACCAGCACCAGCAGUAGUAACAUCAGUAUCAGUAGCGCUAACAGCAACAGUAGUAGUAGUAGUGUAAAUGUGUGUAUUCAACCGAAUAAUGUUAUCAGUGGUAGUAACCUAGGUACUAGCACUAGUAAGAAGGGAAAGGUUACCCAUGGCCCUCCCAUACCUAUUUCCCAAAUGCAGCCAAUGACACACCAGAUGCCCCCACUAGUGAGUGUUAAUUCAAGCGGGGGACACCCAGCUGGCUCCACCACCAGCAGCAUAGGAACUCCCAGUGUUGUCCCAAGAGUUCAAACUAUACAGCUAACGCCGCAAAAGCAGCAGCUGUUGAAGAAUGUCCAAAACCAAAUUCAGCAGCUUUCUGCGAAACUACAAAACAAGAAUCUGCUAUCGACGUUAACCAUUCCGGCGGAUUUCGACCCUUCAAAUCCAAUAUUCAACAAACCACUGCCAGUGCUCACCAACAUUCAAGCCAUGACGGAUCCCGAAAUAACACAAGCACUUCAGCGGCUGUUUAUCGAGCAGCAGAAGAUUCUGGCGACAGGAAAAAUCAUUCCAACUAUUCCAGCAGGUCACGCACUAGCAGUGGCUGCGGCAGGAAAUGUGCCGCCACCACUACCAACCGCGAUAUCAUCGGGUGGAGCAAUUGUCAGCAACGACCCAAAACCGCAACAAGCUAUCGUUUCGCCUAUCAGUGUUACUCCUACAUCGGCCAACGCUGCUAUUUAUCAAGGCGGAGCUAAUAUGCAAACACUGCCGUCGCCGAUACAGAUUAAUUCUCCACAGGUCGUCAAACAGCAGGAUCUCAUGCUACCGGCUUCUAGUAGUUGCGCGAGCUCUUCGGCAGUUUCCUGUACUAGUUCUUCCAUGUCGAUAACUAUUACGAACAGCAGUAUGCAACCUCAUCAGACGAAAAGCUGUCAACCACCGAAACUGUCGGCCUCAGCAACUUCUAUCAUUCCGAUCAGCUCAACGCUUCCACUUAACACAACAAUCGUGAACAGUCAAACGUCUGUUACGCCUGCCGCCAGUCAAUCGAUUAUCAAAAUCAACUCCAAACCACAACAACAACAACAGCAAAAUAUCCUGCAACCUCAACAAUCACAGCACCAACUAAUUUUAAAUAACAAAAAUGUAACGCUGUCAAACAAUACUCAUACCACUAUUCCAAUGCCUUCGCUGGUUCCUACGCAGUCACAACAUGCCCGUCCUCAUUCUAUGAGUGUCACAAAAAUCGAACUUCCCUCAACACCUCCGCCAUCAUUGCUGGCCACCCAACAGCAGCAUCGGUCAAACACGCCUAUUCCUCCUCCACUGGUACCAACAUCGAUGCCAGUUCCUCCCAACCAGGGCAAUAAAAACUAUGCCGGCCAAUCGAUAGUGAUAGUGAGUGGAUCCCAGGCGAUCCUUACCAAUGCUCUUCCGUCAGUUGUGUCCGGGACCAAGAACACUGUACUGUCCGCAUCAUCUACCGCUGGAGUCGUUGUACAGGCCAAUCCAUCCCUUCAUAUACAGUUGCAGCAACCUCCACAACCGAUGACGAACAUUCCUCCACCGUUGAUUACGAUGGCUUCAUCGGUAAUUCCAGCCGCCUGUUCCGUGGUUUCAACUGCGUCUCCCGCCACCAUUCACCAUCUGCCUGCGACGACGACCACAAUAACCGUUUCCACCGUUGCAUCCGCAAUUACCAGUAUACACGCAAUCACGAGCACCCACGCUACCAACAGCAGUAACCACGUGCCGGUAUCAUCGACCGUUGUGACACCUGCCGUAGCUGCCACACCACCUAUCGUGACUACCACCAUUCCAGGCUGCACCAAACCGGUCGUGGUGCCACGAUCAAGUUUGUUCGAAAGACAAAUUUCGGUGGACCAGGAUGCUUGUACUCGACCAGACACUUGUACUCCGUUUACCAACAAGCAAGACGCGGUGAAACGGCUAAUUCGCUACCACUGUAUGUUCGAGGAACGCUGCGAAGCGAAAGAAGCCGAAGAAGAUGCGUUCGAAGCGGCGGCACACGAGUUUCCCGUCAUUUACCGGAACAUGCUGAACAAGUAUCAGUGCCUCUUGAUGCAGGAAUCAAUGCGCCACGUACGGACAACCGAACUGAUGAUGGUGGAUCGUAUGCUCAUCUCCGACGUAAAAGAGGAAAUCCUCCAGAUGCAGUUGAAUAUCAACGAGCUUUUGAAUCCAACAAUGCCGGAACUGCCGCUGAACGUGGAUUCCCAGCAUCCAGAUUUGUGGUAUCAACAGCAGCAAACGCAUGCAAGCGGAGAAGAAAGUAAGAUUAAAAAAGAAGAUCUGCCCUACGCAAGUUCUUCCUUGGUGCCCACUCCCGGUAUGGAUCCGUCAUUGGUAGGCUGUCCGGCGGUUAUCAAAGAAGAAAACAUAAAAACGGAAGGUAACGCAACGGAAGAUCUGGUAGCUUAUCGGCAUCAUCCACAGCUGAAUGCUUCUUCGCUGAGAUCUGGCGCAUUACAAUCCUCGUCGGAUGUACUGAAAAAAGAGCUCGAUAGUUUCGACGAUAUCGAAAGUGAGAUUACUCCCAGUUUUAUUAUGAAAAAAUGUGAUAGCGUAAAAGCGCCCCAACCCCAGACUCAACCGCCUUCGCUGAGUUAUUUUAAUCACGUUAGCCAAGAUCAAUGCUCAACAAGUGGACCCAGCGGCACGAAAGACGAAGUCGCCAGCAAGCCUAGUGAACCGUAUGACGAGUGGCUAUGCAUUCAGAAAGAACUGAACUAUCUUACUGAUGAGCGAAGAGGUGGAAAUAUUUCUAAGAGCGUUAAAAGUCCGGAAGAGGAGAUAAUUGAAAAGCAGUUGGAUGAUCUUUUCAAUCCCAGUAGUGAGGAAAAGGAUAGUGACGGUGUAAGUCGAACUCAGGUGGAUUCCCCGUUAGCCGAUUUUUUCAACUCCCAGCAACAAGAUUCCGGAGUAGGGGGAAGUGCUGGUGGAUCCAGUGGUGUGCCAUCCGAUAAGUCGGUGGAAAAUCGAUUAGAAGCUUUGUUCGGUGGGACGCCACUUCAUAACAGAAGUUCUGAAGAUAAUUCACCGGAGGGAGUGGUGGAGAAGCAGGAUGAUUUGAUAGAAACACGGUUGGAAGCAUUGUUUCAGAGUGGUGAAAGCGCAUUGGAUAAUGCGAGCUUUCUGCAUAAGACGAGCAAUUUCGAAAUGAUUCAAGUGCAACUUAGCCAGAAACGUCACUGGACUACAUCGAACGACUGUGACUGGAACGAUGGGGAAAAUUCUAGCAAGAGACAGUGCUUACCCGAUCAUAAUAAUAGACAGCAAGAUAAUGACCAUCGUUGGCUGUUGGAUUGCGCCCAGACUCAGAAUCAACAGCUUCCGGAUCAUGUAACAGGAGGCAUUAGGUGUUCAACACAGAAUCAGCAGAGUAAUACAAUCUCCGCAGGUAACAAUCAUCUUCUUAAUGAUAACGGUGGUGGUACUCGACACGGCUCUAACACUAACACUAAUAGUAACGGCAGCACUACUAACCCGAAACGCACUUCCUGGAAUGGCGACAUUCUACUCGCUUCGGCAACCGGCGAUUUAGAUAUGCUUGAUACUAACCUCAGCCUCAGUCUGAAUAACAUUAACAGCAUGUGUGGGUCGGUGGGAAUGAUGGGUACCGAUAUUCCUUCGGCGCACCAUGAUUCACUACCGGAUCACAAAUCAUCCAAAAAUUGUUUCCCUUCUCCAGUUCUAGGGGGAGAAAACUGCGAUGACACUAAUCUGAUUGAUCUUGGCAAUACCGGUGGUGGUCUUAAUAGCUCUAGUCAUGUACACAGUCACAGCGGAAAACUAAAUUACCUUGAUCGUGAUCUUCUAGGAUUGGACGGACCACAUGAUGGUUCUGGCAAAAGUCAUCCUCACCACCAGGUGUCAUCCACGCAAGCGACAUCGAACGAGCUGCAGCAUCAGUUGAACCAUAUCAAUUUCGAUGCUAGCGGUCACCCAGGGUUGAACUUUGAAGAGGACAUCAGUCGACAGGUUCAAAAUGCCAUCGAUUCCAUUCUAAACCUACAGAGCAACGAAACCGAAGCUGCCCUGCACUUUCCAUUGGAUCAAUCGUUCUUGGUUGACAGUCCGCAAUCUGCCGCUAUGCAACGACCUCCAUCGUCGACUAAACGACGAUACCAUUUGAUUAAUCGGCUCGAUGAUAUUAGCGAUUGUCUCAGCUCGGCAAUUGAGGACGGUUCUGAGAACGCAUCCGGUCACCAUUCCCAUCACAACAAUCAUCUGAACCACGUGCAAGUACAUCAUGCUCAAACGCAGCUGCAUCAUCAUCACCAGACAACCCUUUCCUACCAUCAUCACAGUCAAGCUAACACGGUAGGAACAGGUGCUGCUGGACCAGGAGCGAUGGACAGUAGUGGCGAAAACAGCGGGGCUGGUGAUCCACCGGUUAAAACUAUCAUCAAAUCCUGACAACUUCCGGCUGUCGUUGCGGCAAGUCAAGGGCUGUUCCCGGCACUGGUGGUGGGUGCCACGACGGAAGUAACGGCAACUACAGCAGCAGUGUAGGUAGCAGGUCAAUAGACUGGAAUGGAGUAGGACGCGAAACAAGCGGAAUGACCUUCAGGGACGGAUAAGUUUGCGGCGGGUCUGUAAAUUUUUUUUUUGAGUUCUAUAAUCCACUGUGGGUCUUGAAAAACUUUUCUUUAUUUUCCUAACUGUUUUCGAAUGACAUAAGGGUAAAACCAUGAUAUGAUAGGGCUAUCGUGAUACCCUUGUUUGUUUGUUAUCAAUGUGUAGAAAUUGUGUAUUUUUUAAAAAAUUGCAAAUUUUGUAGCAGUUCAAGAUGAGAUUGAGAACACCAGUUUUAAAAAAAUCUGCAGAUGACGUUGUUUUGUCUUAGUUAGACGCAUUAGGAGACUAAAAGUCGGAUAUAGUUUUGAAACAAAUGAAUUUGUAAUUUCGAUACUGGAUCUUUGUCAUUUACAAGUAACAAAAAAAAUGAAAAUAAUUGAAGCUAUGCAAUAUUGCGAAUAAAUAUUCAACUAAUUUUGCUUGUUCACAUAAUUUUUUUUUGAAUGUUUGAAUGUCAAAAAUACUUUUACUAAAAAAUGUCUUGUUUUUAUAAAAUUGAGCGCUUCUUAUGGACUUUUUGUCAUUUUAUUUUGUUAUGAAUUUCCGGUACGGAAUUAUUCGAAUAAGCGAGUACUUUUAUGUUCAACCCUCAAACGCGAUCCAUCUAACAGUGCAGCGGAAUUCGAUUCUACACAACCUAGGUAUUUACCCUGUAUUUUCCGAGAUAAUUGCAUUGCACAGUCAGUAGGGAAUUGUUGGCCGAACUUACCCUGAUAAAAUGCUAUUAACCAAAAUAUGACAUACCUGCAGAAAUGCUAUACUUCCUAUGUUUCCUUAAACCCCGCACCAACUAACUACCAUCAGCCAGGAGGAGGGCGUUAACAUCAAAACGAAUGACUGUACGUAUAGUAACUAGUGUUUAAGACCUUCAACCUAAAUGAAUAAAAAGACCCACAAAAAUACCGAACCUCGUCCAAUAAUGGCAUGCCAUGUAAAUAUAUCCCACAAGCUGCAGUUUGAUCGUUUUUUCAAAGCAGCCACAAAUAGGAGAGCUACUCGAACAAGAACACCUCCCAUUCAGGAGGUAAUUCAAUCAGAUCAUAAGACAAAGUACGAAAAACUACACACGGAUAAGAACUUACUCAACAACACGUGGAAAAAAUCAAUCAAAGCGGGUAGCAUAAUGGAGCUACAUAUAACCUACAUAAAUUGUAAAUUUUAAGAACUUCUAGUUUUUAAGAGUGAAACGUUAGCAGUAUCGAUAGAUGAGAACGUCACGUUUUAAAUCUUUCAGUUGAAGGUUUUAAGGCAAGCGCACUGAUGGUAGUAAACUAACAAAAAUUACUAAAGAGUGAAAUUAAGACAUGAUUAAGAGAGUUUACAAUUGCGUCGUGGUCGUAUUGAUGCCACGUGGGUUCCAACGUAAUACAAAAAAAAACUUUGAGUUUAUAAAGACUUUUUGCUCUAUCUCUCUGGAUUGAAGCGAAAGAGGAGGCAGUGACAACAAACUAAUGUAAUUUCUAGAGAUUCUAUAAGAGUGAAAUCGAUAUUAUAUAAGUAGAUAAUUUAGUUUUUUGUAUUAUUUUAAAUACUGAAUUUAUUUAAUAUUUAUAUGAUGGAAGCACUCCGGAAAGCAAAACAAAUUCACAAUACAACAAACCGUACGGAGUCCGGGAAUGGUUGAUUAUGUUUGCCCUUUGUUUUCAACAUAACCAACCAAAUGAAGAACGCACUCCAAGAGUUACGUUCAACAAUCUAACAAUAAUCGGGGUUAGCAGCUUGCAAACGGGCAGUGUACAUAGAAUUGAAAGUUUAACUAGUAAAAUUGAUUGAUCUACAUUAUCAGUGCUCUCCCGCUGAAUGUGUGGGACCUUAUGUUCCGGGAGCAUCUUCUGUGCUUAUUGGUUCGUAUUACUUUUUUCGUCCAAAUUAGAAUAUAUAUUGUAUAUUGAGGUGAAUUAAGCGAUCAAGUAAGAUUCGAGGGGUCAACAAAGCACAGCUUCGGAAAACCAUUGAUCAAUGUAUAAAGAGAAAACUGUUUAACGAAAAUUGAAAAUAAUUAUAAAAUAAUAAUAAAACAGAUUUUUAUUCAA